AUGUGGACUGUGCACGAAGAUGAGUACCAGAGCACCGACGUAAAAUUGCCCGGAGUUCUUCAGGGCGGGUGGAAUGUCGAGGAAGACAAGACAGCCAAACCGAUAGGCAUCUACACGAAAAGUUCUCAGGUGUUCGCCACGCCCUCCAUGACUCCCACUGACACCACCCCACUGAAUGCGCACAAGCGCAACUCAAAGGCUGCCUGGACGCGCACUCACACGCCUGUUAGUUUUCCCGUACCAAACGGCCUGUUUAGUCCGCCUCAAGCUGCAAUUUCUGCCCAGCCAAGUAUGAUGCGGGUGGAUGCGCCGCCGUUUGAGCCGUCGCCGAAGAGCGUGGCCGCAACCGUGUCGUAUGCCGCUUCGUCGCCCAUGGGAAAGCGGAGGAUGACGCCCACACAGGUGCCGCAAGUCAAUGCACCUGAGAGUAGCAACUUACACAUGCGCAUGACGGUGGAGGAUAUUUCGGGUAGAGAGAAGGACAGGACUGCUGCUAAUUACAUGGAAUGGAACAGUUCUGUUGUGAACUCGUCUCAUCCGCAGGUAUCCAUACGUGGGUACAAUGCCAGCGUUACUCCAGAAGGGUUGCGCGGCUCCGUGUAUGAGAUAGCAAAGGACCAGCAUGGAUGUCGAUUUCUUCAGCGUCUGUUAGGAGGAACAAGCGGGGAUGGGGAAAUUGUCCGCGUUAUCAUGAACGAAAUUGUCCCGCAUGUGGCGGAGCUGAUGACGGAUCAGUACGCCAAUUUUCUUAUCCAGAAACUCUUUGACAUUAUGCCUCAGGAGGUGCGUUACAAUGUUGCGCGCGUUGCUGCUCCAAAACUGACCUCCAUAGCGCUUACACCGCAUGGGACGUUCAGCGUGCAGAAGAUGGUUGAAACCAUUGCUUCACGUGAGGAGAUGGAUAUUCUCCGGGAAGCUCUCUCAAAGGAUGUUGUUCGCUUGGUAAAGGAUGCUCAUGGAAAUCAUGUCAUUCAGAAGGUGUUGCAACGGUUCAAUCAUGCGGAUAAGGACUUCAUUUACGCGGCGGUAGGGUCGGACUGCAUUUCUAUUGCUAAAAACAAGCAGGGAUGCUGUGUGCUCCAGCGUUGCCUUGAGUAUGCGUCUUCUUCACAAAAGGCCACGCUAGUGAACCAGAUUCUUGGCUGCUGCCUUCAGAUAGCUGAGGAUCCCUUCGGAAACUACGUUCUUCAGUACGUUCUGGAGUUCAACGACAGCAAAACGACAGACACGAUUGCAAUCGCAUUCCUUCCACAUUUAGUUCAACUUUGCAUGAAUAAAUUCAGCUCCAACGUGAUAGAGAAAGUGUUGCGUGGAGCCUCGCAGCCUGUGCAGGAAAUGUACGUAGAAACCAUGUGUUCCCCCAAUGUUGUUUCACGGCUAAUCCAGGACGAUUUUGGCAACUACGUGCUUCAGACUGCGCUCACUAUAUGCUCCGCGGCCCAGGCGGAGUCACUCGUGUCUGCUGUUCGUCCCCUCAUGCCCACCGUUAGAAAUGCUCCGUAUGCGAAGAAGUUGGAGGGAAAACUUGAUGAAAUUGUUCUAAGGACUGCCGGUAUCGACCGUGUUUCUGCCAUUGAGUACGAGGACAGCCGCCAAGGGGAGUUAACGGGGCAGGGCUACGAGUUGUUGUAG